AUGUCCACCGGCUUCGCAUUGGACGGCUUGGAGGAGAGAAUCAAGGCUCACGGCAGCUCCUUCGAUUCUUUGCUGAAGACCAUCCCCGCACAAUACUACAUCACAAAGGAGCUCUCCGAGGAGGAACAGAACUCAAAAUACCAACAUAACAAGAAGAGGAGCGCGCCAAAGCAGGAGAUCAAGGAGCGCACAAAGAAGGCCAAGAAGGCCAAGCUCGAUCCUGAGAACAACAAGUCUGUCAUGGAUAUCCAGUCAGCAAUGGCAGCCGGCGGCAAGGACAGCGAGGAUGAGGACGGGGAGGACGAGGAAGAUGACGAGGAGGACGCACAGAUGCAGGACUCGGACGACGACAACCUUGUCGAAGACGACAGCGAAGCACCAGUGAUCGCCAAAUCAUCCACACAUAACUUUGAGGGUCUGUUGGCUCAGGUCCAGACCGCCUCACAGACACCCGCACAGGCUCCCAAGUCCAUCACGGAAUUGCGCGCCAAAUUGGAGGAGCGUCUGGCCAAGCUUCGUGGCCGCCGUGGAGCCACUGCCGAGGCCAAUGCUACCGCCAAGCCCACAUCUCGACAGGCUAUUCUGGAGGCUCGCUUGAAGAGGAAAAAGGACAAAAAGGCAUCACAAAAGUUGGCCAAGGAGAAGAGAGCCAAUGGUGGAUCAGAGGGUCUUAUUGUUAAGGAGUUGCCAGACUCUUCAGCCGGUGGCCGGCCCUCUGCUUCGUCCAUCAACGAUAAAGGAGAGGUUCGCUUCAGCAAGUUUGAGUUUGAUGGUCUUCAGAAGAAGAAGAGAGGUCCUACAGAUGCCCAGGGCCAGCUCAAGAUGGUCGAGGCACAUAAAGAAAAGUUGGCAGCAUUACAGGUUGCUGAUCCUGAGAAGGCUAGCGCUUUGAAGGAGAAGGACACUUGGCGCAAGGCCUUGCAGCUGGCACAGGGAGAGAAGGUCAAGGACGAUGUCAAGUUGCUGAAGAAGACAAUCAAGCGCGAGGAGACAUUCAAGAAGAAGAGUUCCAAGGAGUGGGGUGAGCGUAAAUCAACCGUCUCCAAGGGCAAGGAUCAGAAGCAGAAGAGGCGCGAGGAGAACCUCAAGGCCCGUAUCGAUGCUGCUAAGAACAAGGGCAAGAAGGAGAAGACUGGCGACAAGGCUAAAGGAGGCAAGGGAGGAGCUUCUAAAGGUGGCAAGAAGGGCGGUAAACCCAAGGCAGUAAGUUGA